UUUGCUUUUGAAAUAUGGACAAGAACGUGUUAGAAGGGCGAUAUCUGGCAACGGUUAAGGUCCGUGAGCAAUAGCUGUGAAACCUCAACGCAUGGCAUGCAGAGGGUGGCAAGUAGUGGUACAGCAUGCUUGACAGCCCCAGGCAGCGAUUGUACGACAAGAUCGACGUCCGACACACUCCAUACCACGUACUCGGUCUAAAGAGUGGAUCGUGAAGUUGAGGCCGAUGUUUUGCCAGGACAACUACCUACAUAUUUGGCCUGGCGGUGGGCGUUACCAAUGGCGACGGAGUGGCACUGUGGCACCUCUGCGAGCCGCAAGUCGUACGACGGGCGUUCUUUAGCAGUUUGUAGCCUCUGCAGAAUAGCACAGCAGGGGAGUCUAGGUGUGGUACUAGAAUUCGUAGUGGCGCACGCCCUGCGGCAAAGGAGCUGGCGGGUGGUUCCUUGGUUGCGUAAGAAAAGGGGUCUCUGCCGGAGGCUGGGGCUGGCAGCUGGCCAUCAGCCACGCGAGAGGGCAGAUCUCCCUACAACGGUGCGCGCUGGAGGGGAUUGCAGCGUUUCGACGGCGAGUGUCCGGCACAGGGCAGCUGAAGCCAGACCACUCGAGCUGGAUGGCGUGCCAUACAGAGGUACCAAAGCAGACAUGCUCUCGGACAGGCCGCCGACGUCCAACAGCACCAUCAGAUGCCAACACCAGGGGCAGCUGCAGCGUGUCACUGUGCUAAGCAGGGAGCCUGCGUUCGCGGUCGCCUCAAAAUGUGGAGGCUGGGAUGGCCGUUGAUGAAACACGCCUCUAAGCCGCAGCGGGAUAGCGGAUCGGAGGAGUUGUCACGCGAGGCAUCGUGGGAUUUGCCGCGAUUCAUGGCGCGAUAGAACGACUCGCAAAGUUACGUUCGCGGUGCUGCU